UUAUCCUGCUACCGGUCUUGGUUAGGGAAAAUCGGGAGGAAGUUACUGUGGUGGAGAAGCCUCCCGCCUACAAGUCUCACCGAGACAGACCCCGACAACCAGCGAGUUCAUAAUAGUACCCUAUAAUGAUGCAAUUCCUCACAUUUCUAAUGCAGCCUACCUGACCUCACGGGAUUCAUAUCCAAGGAGUCGUCCAAUCCCAUAGCGCACGGUAGUUUCGGGGAUGUAUGGAAAUGCACCUACACCGCGUCCGACCAGGAGGUAGCAGUCAAGUCCAUAAGGAUCGACGUCGCAGGCGACGAUUCCAAGGCCAGAAUUACCCAAGUACCCUCGGCUUCCCAUUUGCAUCUGAUACGCUUGCUCAACCAUCAUGGCUUCACAGAGACUCUUGGCCGAUUUUCGUGCACGGAAACAACUGCAACACGAGAAUCUUUUGCCUCUGCUCGGUUUCAGUAACGAGUUCGGGCAACUCCCAGCGAUGGUUUCCCCUUGGAUACACAACGGCUCGCUUACCACAUAUCUUGAACAGAAUUUCACAGAGUUGACUAUCGAACCUAAACUUCGAAUCUUGCGACAAGUUGCUGCAGCCGUCAGGUACCUUCACUCGAAGGGUGUUGUUCACGGUGACCUCACUGCCAACAACAUUCUAAUAGAUUCCAACCACAACGCCCACGUAGCAGACCACGGGAUCCUCACCAUGUGUUCUGAGCUCUCAGGUACUUCAUACAUCAGAAGCAAUGUGCGGUGGGCUGCUCCAGAGCUCUUUGAGGUGCCCGAGGACGAAGAGUCGUUGACUUCUCCAAAGCCAGCAAGCGAUAUUUAUUCCUUGGGAUGCAUCAUGCUUCAGGUUAUGACAGGUCAACAACCCUAUGCAAAUGUACGGAGCGAUCAUCAAGUCACUGUCUUGAUACUCAAGGGUAACAAGCCCACAAGGCCCGCGAGUCCGCACAUCGCAGAUUCUUUCUGGGAUUUCAUCGAGAAAUGCUGGAAUGAUAUAGGACGUCGCCCCUCUGCUGUUGAGGUUUUGAGUUUUUUAGGAUCAGAUCAUGUCAUUGCGCUAGAGUCCAAGUGAAACAGUAAAUUUAUCGGAGAGUUGAUCGAUAUUAUUUUAUCUGCUACCUUGAUUUAUGUAUAUGUAUAUAUAUGUAU